AUGAAUUUUCUUGAUUUUUCCGAAGCUUGUGGCCAUUAUUUCUGUAAAACUUACACGUACAAGCCAUGCAUAGAACGCUAUAAAUUCUUGUCGAGACUUCCGAACUCGCAAAAAUUGAACACCCUGGUAUUGAUCGGCACUAACUCAUCUCUAUUCUACGACGAAUCUGCAAAAGAAUUACAAAUCCAGGAUUUGACGAUUGUGCAGCAAUUAAAGUAUGGAGUCCGCGUCCUGGAUAUCGGUCUUCGUUUGCUACCAAAUAUGCUAGAUACGCACAGUGAUAGCAGACUAGCAAGUGGUUAUUUCUUCGACCUCUUGAUAGCCACCAAUGAUUUUCUGGAUUUAAAUCCUGGCGAGUUAAUAAUUAUGUUGGUACGGCAUAUCGAAAUUGAACCUCCGAAAAAGGAUGUGACAAGAAGUGGUUGUAAAAUUUUGGACUUUUACAUCCGUCAUGUUGAAGGCGGAUCGCGAUUAGUCAAAAAUUGGAGGCUUAAUGACACAAUUGGACAGCAUCGAGGAAGAAUAUUGAUUGGGAGAUUGGAUUAUCUAUUUAAGGGAUGUGUUGUUGAUUUGAGUGAUAAAUGCAAGCCUGCAACCUCGACUCAAUUAGUUGAUAGACAGCAUGAUUCUAGUAUCGAUCGUAAAUGGAACCUAAUUUCAAAAAUUAUCUUAGAUAGUUUUCUGAAUAAACACGAGUGUCUUAUCAAUGAUUUAAGCUAUUAUGACGGUAAAAAUACUCGUCGAGCUAUCGCUAAAGAUGCCGGUUUAUAUCAUCAUUUUUCUUGUGAUAGACCUAUAAAUGAUUUAGUAGCAAAUGAGUUUUUAUGUCCCAACGAAGGUUUGAAUAUCGUCGUUUCUGAUUAUAUGACGCAAGAAUUAGGCGAUAAAGUUAAUGAUUGCAAUUUUUUAAAUUCAUCAUGGCGGAUCGGCUGGGAAUAA